AUGUCUCUCUGCGCCGUGUCCUCUUUACUUCACGAUUCUCACAUUAUCAGUUUCUUCGAAAAGUUCAAAAUGACUUCUUCGGCGAACCAGAAAGCUUUCAUUCUCACUCUCCCCCCAGAGAUCCAGAGCCAGAUAAUAUCUCUUGUUGCCGACUCGACUCAUUUCAAAUCCGUUCAUUCACUUCUAUUUUCGUGCAAACAACUCUACGCAAUUGCACUGCGUUUCUCAGUCCAAACAUUUCACGACGUACCAAGAGCCGAAGAGCCGAAGAAAGGCUCUGUCGUUCGCUCCCGCAUUGUGCAGUUUCUUUCCUACGUUUCAAUCAUUAAGCCAGAACUUGCCCGGCACGUUCGCACGAUCAGGACGUAUGAUUGGCUGGAUGAUAGCGGUCGCUAUGGAACGGUUCACAUUGAUGUUAAUGAUAUGAUUUUCUAUAAGCAACUAAUUUCGAAGAUAUAUUCCGAGAAAUUAGGAUAUCAUCCGUAUCAGGCAAACAACUGGAUACGGACUUUGGAAAAAGGCAUCGAAGGCGCCGCCGUGGAUCUUCUACUCGCUGUGUGCACCGAGAUCAAAACUUUGACAUACGGCUGCCCUCGCGAUCCAGGUUGCCUCAGCAGGAUGCUAGUGGCUGCUACUGGGGCCUUCAGAAUGAGACGGGUUGAACUCCCUCCCUGCCAGUUGCUAACCAAGUUGGAGAUUGUUAAGCAUGAGGCGAAAGGUAGCUGGCACGGAUGGCGCCCUUUCUAUAAUAACGCACAAUGGAUUUUUCGCAUUCCCAGUGUUCGAUCAUAUGAAUGCGUUGGUGCAGUCAGCGAUCAAAUGGAGGAGUUUAACUUAGAUCCAUUGAAAGAAGGGUGCUCGAACGUUCAAUCAAUCAUCUUACGAGAUAGUUGGUGUGUAACCCGAGCCAUACAGUCUUUAAUCGGGGCUUGCAAGGACCUUAGGAAGUUCACAUAUACCUGCGAUUUAACAAAAUGGACAGAAUAUGAUGAGUUCGAAGUGAUAGCCCGGGAUAUCAUGGAAGCUCUAUUGCGCCAUGACAAGAGCCUGGAAUAUCUUCAUCUUGAUUUCAUGGAGGAAGCCCUCACAAGGACUUGCUUACGCGGACCACGGGAACGAUUGUAUAUGGGCACUGAGCUGCGACAGAUGCACAAACUGAAAAGCUUAGUUCUAGGAUCCCAGGACAUCUGUGGAGUUCUAGGUAAUGGCGUGGUAUAUCACUACACAGAGGAUGCAUCUAUUCAAGCUCCAAGAGUUGUUGAUUGCAUUCCAGGGUACUUGCAGUAUCUUGAGAUACAUAGCUGUGGAAGAAACAUCCUCAGCCAGCUCGAGGAGUUUCUGGACACUCUCAUCUACCCAGAUCGGUUUCCCAACUUAUUAUCAGUCAAGUUUAUCUUCAUUGAGGACUGGGUUAAAGAAGAAGAGUUGAGUUCUCUCGUCGCGAGAAGAGAUGGUCUAAUACUCGAAGUUUCUCGGUGUCAGGGACAAUAA